AAGUCAGUGUAAAUCGACGAGCGUAAAAACAGGUUCAACCUAUCUGUGUUUUUAUAUAAAAAGUCAUGAAGGAAAAAUAAAACACUCGGCAAAACUAAUACUUUAAAUAAAAGGAACAGAACGUAGUACGAGCCGAUAAGACAUGAAAGGCACACAGAAAUAAAAACAAAUGAAUUAAAUAAAGAUUUGUUUACACUCCAUGGAGCCUGAAUUUAGCGUUAUAACCACUAACGUUUACCUGGAGGAGCUUUAAAAGACACCGUGAUAUUGUCUUAAAUGUGAAUGGUCGAGCAGUUGGCUUCGAGAUAUUUCGAAUUUGGCCCUUAAAAAAACAGUGUUGCUUUACUGUCUCUACACAGACCCCUAGUGGUUAGUCUUAAAACUUCAACUCACCAGUGUUCUCCAGUGUUCCCACAGCUGUAUCUCCGGCUGAAACAGUGUCAGUGAGUCUGUUGUUGUUGUUGUUGCUGCUGUAGUGGAGACAGUAAAUACAAUUUCCCGUCAUCAGCGGCCUCUGCCCGGAGGAACACCGGGCUCCACAGUUCAGGGAAUCAGUGCCGUAACGGCAGCUGAAGUGGACGGAAGCUUUAACGAAGCAGUGCUGCAGAGGCCAUUCACAGAUAAUAAGUGAAGCGGUGAACUAGAAGAGGGAAUAUUACAGGUUAAUGACAGUCAGCGUUUGCACUUAAGUCGCUCCAUUCACCAAAGACAAACACUAAUCUAUAGAAUAAAAACACAGUGUUCUCCUACAUUCUAUAUUUAUUUUUAAAGCCCAACGUUUGUUAUUAAAAGAAUGUGCUCAGUAAAUCUGCUCCUGCUUUAACAUGGUGACAGACGUGUCCUGUUAAUAUGUGUUCUUGUUGGUCAAUAACUCUUAGAUCAGUGUGUUUUACUGCUAACUUACUUCGUAAGUUUAUGAAGGAUUCACUCUUCAACACAAAAGUUCAUUGAGAAAAUCAACCAUUUUAGCUAGCCAGGACUAGAGAUUAGCCGAAUAGUUUUUUGGGGUCAAAUUUAAUAUAAAAUGAAACAUAACUGCUGUAUGACUAUAUGUUAGUUUUAUUGACAGUGACCAGAUGUUUUUGGUUUGUGGGUAACCCGUUUGAUGACAUCAUCAACUCUGUCAGUCAGAUGACUGGAAUUCAUUGUUUUUAUGUUUUAAAAUCAAAUAAAACUGAUGAAGCUGAAAUGAAGGACACGCCCCCUCACGCUCCUGGUCGUGUCACGUGACCUGCGUCCUAGCGUCCUGUGCUGUGGUUUUUAAAUGACCAGUCAUCGACUCAGGGUCGGAGACAGAGAGGCAGAAAGUUCCAGAAUAAGACGCUGUGUGUGUUCUGACACUAAGGAUCGUGGGAGUUUUUCUCUACUUUCUUUGUUGGGAUGUUUGUCUCGCUGCUGCUCUGCUGCUCUUUUAGCCUCCUACGUUAUUCCUUCGCUCUGGUUCAUGGAAAUGUGCCACUGAACGACGACCCCCCCGACCCCUCCUACCUCUCUGACAUCAACAGAGGCCACCCCCCCCUACAGGAGCCCGUCCUGCUGCCCAUUGACUCCGUGGAGGACCGCUUCCUGAUGGACCUGGGCUCCUACAACGACGACGUGGGGGCGGCGUCACUGCAGCUACAGGGGCGGGCCAUGCGGUCGCCACGCCGCUGCAUCCCACACCAGCAGUCGUGUCUGGGGUUCCCGCUGCCCUGCUGUGACCCCUGCGACACCUGCUACUGCCGCUUCUUCAAUGCUAUAUGCUACUGUCGCAAAGUGGGCCACCACUGCCCAGCCCGACGAGCCUGACGCUGUGUUCUGUCAACGGUUUUCUGUGUCAAAAAAACUUCAUCCCUGAAACAAUGACCAAUAAACGAAAACUGCUGCAAAGACGAAGCUGGGAGCCUCAGUUUGUUUGACACAUCCUGGUGUGUGUGUAGGCUGAACACACGAGCUGGAGGAUGGGGGUGGGGAGGAAUCGAGGAGCAGAGGUGUCAAAAAACAUCAAGGUCAGAGUUACAGAAAUAAUAAUAAAUAAAUAAUAUAUGAAUAAAUGUCAAAUUAUGAAUUUUGAAAUAAAGCUGCACCAACAGCAGUAGAACCAGUGGACACGACGACACGGUGGUAUCAGAUACUCUGUCAUUUAUUGAUCAGUUUAUUGAUGACAUUUGGGGCUCAGUUGGCAGCGAUCUUCUGGUCCAUCCAGGCACGGAGCUCAGUGACACGGGCGUAGACACCAGGCAUAGUGGGAGUGCAGGUUCCACUUCCCCAGGACACGAUAC